CUAUAAAUACAUGUUUGCUACUGAAAGUUCUCAUAUGUUAGAAGCUCCAUGGUGAGCUUUAGUAUUAGAGCAUCCAUCUUGAAGGGGCUAAGUAGUUUUUGUCUUAGCACCCUAUUCUUAUACUGAUUUGUAUAUUAAUUUCCUCAUAGAAACCAUGGAGACCAAGGUCCUUUCUUCAGGAAUCCACUACUCUAACCUUCCAGAAAGCUACAUAAGACCGGAAUCCGAACGUCCUCGCCUGUCGGAAGUCCUAAUCUGUGAGGACGUUCCGGUUAUUGACUUGGGUUGUCCUGAUAGAGCUCAGAUUGUCAAAAAAAUCGGCGACGCGUGCACAGAGUUCGGGUUUUUCCAGGUAAUCAAUCAUGGAGUUUCCUUAGAAGAAAUGGAGAAGAUGAUAGGAGUGGCUAGUGAGUUCUUUAGACUGCCUGUGGAGGAGAAGCUGAAGCUAUACUCAGAUGACCCAUCAAAAACAAUAAGACUCUCUACAAGUUUCAAUGUUAAUAAAGAGAAAGUGCAUAACUGGAGAGACUAUCUUAGACUUCAUUGCUAUCCUCUUGACAAAUAUGUGCCUGAGUGGCCUUCUAAUCCUCCUCCAUUCAAAUUAGGCCAUGUGAUUAAAUCUGUUGAAGAUGUGGGUCCACUGCACUGGAAGAUUGUGCCCGGCCUAGUAAACCUAUUUAUUUCAUAUCGGGAAAUUGUGAGUAAUUACUGUAAAGAAGUUCGAGAGCUUGGAUUUCGCUUACAAGAAUUGAUUUCGGAGAGCUUAGGGCUCGAAAAGGAUCAUAUAAAGAAUGUAUUAGGUGAACAAGGACAACAUAUGGCUGUAAACUUUUAUCCACCUUGCCCUGAGCCAGAGUUAACAUAUGGAUUACCUGGACAUACAGACCCCAAUGCCCUUACAAUUUUGCUUCAAGAUCUUCAAGUCGCAGGCCUUCAAGUCUUUAAGGAUGGCAAAUGGCUUGCUGUUAAUCCUCACCCUAAUGCUUUUGUCAUUAAUAUUGGUGAUCAAUUGCAGGCACUAAGCAAUGGGAGGUACAAAAGUGUAUGGCACCGAGCCAUUGUUAAUGCUGAGAAAGCUAGAAUGUCAGUUGCUUCCUUCCUUUGCCCACAAGAUGAUGCAUUAAUUAGCCCAGCCAAACCUCUCACAGAGCAUGGAAGUGGAGCCGUGUACAAGGACUUCACAUAUGCUGAAUAUUACAAGAAAUUUUGGAGCAGGAACUUGGAUCAAGAGCAUUGUUUAGAACUCUUCAAGAAUUAAUAAUUAAAUCAUUUUUAAUUGCCUUUAUUACCUUCUAUAAAAUUGUUAAUCAAUAAAGACUUUUGGCUAAGGGUAAUCAGAAAUUAAUUUGCGAUUGUGUCUUCCCCUUGAAUGCAGAAAGAAAAAGGAAAAAUAAAAAAAAAGACUGCAUAUUGCAUGUGUUGUAAUAAGCAUCAUAAGUACUUAAUUUUUGGACACUUGAAUUAUUCUUUUGAUGAUUAUUGGACAGUCCAUUAAUAAGUAUAUAUGAUGCUAUUUAUGUUGAUUUGACUUUCAUUUUAUGUACUAUGAUAAUUAUUUAACUGUAAUGAUUUUUGUAUGCUUGAAAUAGAAUUAUUUUGAUAUUUA